AUGUCUCUGCUCUCCUACCUCCCGCAACAUGAAGGGCUCCUCCCUAGAUGGCUCUUCUUUGUCUCCAUCGUCUCCGCUCUAAACUCGUCCCAAGCCUACCUUAGCUCAAACUACGCAGCACAGCUCUACAACAACGCCCCCGCCAAUGCCGUCCAGUCGCGCACUUUUGGUACUUGGACCUUCCUCUCCUCCAUAAUCCGGCUGUACGCCGCCUAUUAUAUUAGCGAAUCGCAUGUGUACGAUUUGGCCAUGUGGACGUAUGGGAUUGCCUUUGCGCAUUUCGUGAGCGAGUGGUUGAUUUUCGGCAGCGCCAAAGCCAAGGGGAGGUUCAUCAGUCCACUGUUCGUCGCGAGUGGGAGUCUGCUGUGGAUGGCCACGCAGAGAGAGUGGUAUUCGGCAUAG